AUGGAAAAUUCUCAAAUAUUCCAUGAUUUCUCUGUUUCAACAUCAAUUUCGAAUGAUUCUUCUUCUUGUCAUCUGAAUUCUUCAGCUGAAAAUCAGAGUUACGAAGAUAUAUUAAAUAAUGCAGUUAAUAAUUCAGAACAAAAUGAUGCUAAUGAGGAUCCAGAAUCCUAUGUGGUUGUUGGCCAAGAUUUUGAAGAACCAGUUUCAUUAGAGGGAAGUGUAGUUAAGGAUGAUGAUGAGGCGUAUGAGUUAUACAACAGUCAUGCAUUUAGGAAUGGUUUUGGUACUAGGAAGGGUAAAAAGGAGUAUAGAAGUGGUACUAGAAUAGUUCGACAACGGAGAACUGGAUGCAAGGCUUCAGUUCAGUUUGAUGUUGAUAAGAAAACUGGAGUGUAUGUUCUUUCUAAACAUUCCCGUCUGCAUAACCAUUCAAUGGUUCCUGCUAAUAAGAGACACCUUAUUAGGUCACAUAGGCACAUUUCAAAAGAACAAUUGGCUUUUCUUACUACUUUUACUUGUAGUGGCACGAAGCUUGCUGAUGUUCUUAGAGCUAUGAGGAAAGAAGUUGGUGGUGAGGCGAAUUUAGGCUUCACUGUUCCUGACGCGUAUGAUGCUGUUUUGGCAGAGAAGAAGAAAAAGUUGGAUGGUUGUGAUUCAAAUCAGUUGAUCAGAUGGUUCGCUAUGAGGCAAGCUAAAGAACAUGAUUUUUAUUAUGAUUUUCAAUUGAAUUAA